AUGGUGCUGUGUCAGGGCGGAGAGGGCGACGCUGCUCCGGCAGCGGGCGGGCAGGAGCCGGAGGUGCCGCCGGGCCAGGAGGACGGGCCGGGCGCGUUGCAGCCGUGCAUGUGCCCGGCGCCCGGCGUCGAGGCGGCGGGCACCGAGGAGCGCCGCGCUUGUGGCUGCUGCUCGGGCAUGUCCUGGCCGUUCUGCUGCGAGGCACCUGGCACAAAGAAGAGAGCUGCGUGCCCAGGACUUGGUCUGUUUUAUACCAUACUGUCUGCCUUCCUUUUCUCAUUGGCCUCUUUACUUCUUAAAAUAAUAGAAGAUGUACAUUCAGUGGAAGUGAGUGCAUUUCGAUGUGUUUUCCAAAUGGCAUUUGUUCUUCCUGGUUUAAUAUACUACAAAACAGGAUUUUUGGGACCAAAAGGUAAAAGAAUUUUUCUUUUCUUCCGAGGAUUCCUUGGCUCUACUGCAAUGGUUCUUCUCUACUAUGCUUACCAAGUCAUGCCACUAGCUGAUGCCACUGUUAUAACUUUUACCAGUCCUGUUUUUACAUCGUUGCUGGCAUGGAUCUUUCUCAAAGAGAAAUACAGCCUUUGGGAUCUUCUUUUUACUCUCUUUGCGGUCACUGGAGUGAUUCUUAUUGCCAGACCACCAUUUCUGUUUGGCUCACGUGUUUCAGGCAUUGAAGGAAGUUACUCAGAUCACCUUAAAGGAACUAUAGCAGCGAUUUCAAGCACAGUAUCUGCAGCCUCAACUUUUGUUAUACUAAGGAAGAUGGGAAAAUCUGUGCACUACUUCUUGUCAAUUUGGUAUUAUGCUGUCAUUGGAUUAGUUGGGUGUGUUGUAGCACUGUUUGUUUUGAAUGAAUGGCGUUUACCACACUGUGGUAGAGAUAGGGUUUUUCUCAUAUUAAUAGGCGUGUUAGGGUUGGGGGGUCAGAUAUAUCUCACAAAAGCAUUACAGAUAGAGAAAGCUGGACCUGUAUCAAUAAUGAGAACAAUGGAUGUGGUGUUUGCUUUUAUUUUACAAGCUCUUUUUCUCAAUCAACUACCAACUUGGUGGACUGUGGGUGGUGCCCUUUGUGUAGUAGCCAGUAGUACUGGAACUGCCAUUCGUAAGUGGAGACAUAGUGUGAAAAAAGCUAAACAGAGGGAAAUCUAACAGUACAGACACUAAUUCAUUACAGAAACAAGCAGUCUUGAAAGAUAUAUAAAUACAAUAUUUAUUUUAUUUAUUUUAAGUAUCCCAUUUACCAAAUUGUAGUACCAAAUUAUAUCCAGUAAAAUAAGUUGACUUUUUACCAAAAUUGAAGAUGUCUUAGCAACUGGUGAGGUAUAUACUUUUCUUUCUUAUACUUAGAUGUGUUAAUAUGGUCCGUAGAAAGAUACUUAAAAGUUGUUGCUUCCUUUCAAAAGUGUACAAUAUUUAUUUUCCUAGAGUUUCUGACUCUCCACUUAGCCUCUUUCUUUAUUUUUCAGAGCAGUGGAAAUAAGUCUCCCAGGCUUAAUGCUAUUCUGUGCUUGAUUACCACAGGGAUUGCAAUACAAAAGUUAGAAGGGCAUGAAGAGUUCAUAAUCCUUAAACAACCAGCUUUUAUAGAACAGAUAAAGCUUGUACUUCUAUAAGCUUUCUAAUUAUUAUUUUGCACAAAACAGAUGCCAAAUGUGGAUUUAAUUUUAAUUUGGAUUCUAAAAGAACAAAAGCAAUUUAAUUUUUCCAAGUAAU